AUGUGGGGUCUCAACACUUUGCUUAGUGAUGGAUUAGAAGCAUUGCAACCGAUUACCAAAAAGAAACUGGAGAAAAUUGAAAAUUUAAAGCAUAAAAGUGAUUAUGAACUAGUAGACUAUGUGUACAGUGUUGUAAAGGGAUUACCUAUAUUUAACGAAGUCCCGUCAACAGCUUUGUACCACAAGAAGAGCAAUGAAAAAGCCGACGAAAGCCGUAGGAUUGGCAACGAACUAUUUAUUCGAAAUUUUGACUUCGUAAACGCCGUAGAAUAUUACACGCAAGCUGUAGCAAAUGCUGAACUUGGUAGUGAAAGUCUGAGUCUUGCUUAUUCAAAUAGAUCUCAUGUGCUAUUGGAUCAACGCUAUUAUAAGGAGUGUUUACAGGAUAUAGACCGAGCUCUUAAAUGUAACUAUACAGAGAACUUGAAACAAAAAUUGUUGCUCCGACAAGAAAGGGCAGAAGAACUGAAACGCUAUCAAAAAAAUGACUCCUACCACGAUCCACUACCAGAAAUAAAAAAUAAAAAUAAAUUCAUUGAGUCAAGUUCUAAUUCCAUAGCCAUUCGUUUGGAUGAAAAUAGGGGUCCGCUUAUAGUGGCUACAAAAGAUAUAAGAAUUGGUGAAGUAUUGGCCGUAGAAGCACCGUAUGUUUCACAAACAGAUAUUAUUAACAAAUAUUUGCAUUGUCAUGAAUGUUUGGAACUUUGCUUUAACAUGAUAGCUUGUGACAAUUGCACGGAAGCGUUAUAUUGUAGCGAAAACUGUAAAGAACAAGCUUAUAAAUCAUACCAUAAAUAUGAAUGCAUUUUAAUACAGUAUGGAUUAAACAAAAAAACUAUUUUCUUGAGACUUUCAUUGAAGUCAGUGUUGGAAUAUGAUCGAUUGAUAGAAGAUUUGUCCAGAAAUGAUGACAUUGUAUAUCAAUCUAAUCGCUACAAAGAAAUUUACCAAAUGGAAACUUAUAAAAACUCCAAAGAUCCCAAGGAGUUAUAUCAGAAUGCUUUGGAGCCUGUGGUUUUUUAUCACUAUUUAACAACCUACACUGAUAUACUAAAAGAACUGAAUGUUGAACAUAAAGAACGAGUUUUGAAAGAGCUACUGUUGAAGAACUACUUUAUAGUAGGGUACAAUAAUAUAUGCAUUGAGAAAUUGAAGCAAAGCUAUAUUUGCACCUCAGAAUUUGAAGUAGUGGGCUCCGGAGUAUAUUCAUUAUAUACUAAAUUUCAGCACUCUUGCUUUUCCAAUACCUUUCUUCUCUUCUAUGGAAACAAAAUAGUUGUUAAGGCUCUUACCAAGAUCAGAAAGGGGGAACAUGUGACCACUAGUUUUGGCAUAACUUUCGCCAAUAGUAAAAAAUCUGAUCGUCAGACUAGGCUGCAAAAAUUUUACAAUUACACCUGCCACUGUGAACCAUGUUUAAAUGAUUGGCCCAUGAGUGGUUUUCUAGAAAAAGGAGCUCCAAUUCCAAAAAAAUUUAUGAAGAAAGUUACGAAUUUGUUCGCUAGUAAUAGAUUAGAUAGAAGCCGGGUAAAAAAGCUUUUGGUAGAAGCCUAUGCAUUGUAUGAAAAUCUAAAGAUUACUGAAAUACCUACUGAGAAUUACAUAUUGCUUAGGUGUGUCAUAUGUGAGUUAUUUCUAUGUUUUGCCAAUAAAAUCAUUGAUUAA